AUGCUCGCUGUCGCCUGCCAGACCAUCAAGGCCUCGCUCGACCGGCUGCCAAACAAGGAGAGCCGGCUGAAGAUCGGCUUCAUCACGGUGGACGACUCGCUGCACUUCUACAACUUGUCGGCCUCGCGCUCCCGGCCGGACAUGCUGGUCAUCCCGCAGUUCGAGGAGAGCAGCAUCGACGACCUGGACUCCAUCACGCUGCCGAUCCCAAGCGGCCUGCUGGUCCACCUGACCGAGUCGCGCAACAUGGUGGAGAUGCUGCUCGACUCGCUGCCUGGCCUGUUCAAGGACCAGGCCCGCCGGGGGAACUGCCUCGGCGCGGCCCUCAAUGCGGCCUUCAAGCUCCUGGGCACCGGCGGCGGCAAGGUUUGCGUCUUCCAGGCCACCCUGCCCGACACCGGGCCCUACAUCCUGACCAAUCGGGCGCAGCCGGCCGGCAAGACCGGCACCGGGGCCGGCGGCAGUGCCCCGCAGCCCGUGGUCGGCACCAACAAGGAGAGUGCCCUGCUCUCGCCGCAGACCACUUCCUCGCAGAAUCUGGCCCUGGCCGCCAUCAAGUCCGAUGUGUCCUUCGACUUCUUCCUCUUCGGCUCGGGCCCCGACUCGGCCGGGCUGUCGCGCUACCUGGACCUGGCCUCCUUGACGCACCUGCCGCGCGUGACCUCCGGCGUGUGCUACUACUAUCCCUCCUUCAAUGCCGGGGUCCGGGCCGAUGUCGAGCGGUUCUCCUACGAGCUGGGCGAGUACAUGGCCACCAUGUUCGGCCUGGAGGCGCACUUCCGCGUGCGCGUGUCCCGCGGCGUGCGCCUGGUGGACUACCAUGGCCCGGGGUUCAUGCGGUUCUCCGACCUGCUGGCCCUGCCGGCCACCCCGCCGCAGACCGGCUACGCGGUGCAGCUGGAGAUCGACGAGUCGAUCGCCGCGCCGCUGGUGUGCUUCCAGACGUCCAUCCUGUACACCUCGUCCAAUGGCGAGCGCCGCAUCCGGGUCAUCACCUCCGCCAUCCCGACCACCACCGAGGUGGGUGCCGUGCUGAACUCGGUCAAUGUCCCGGCCGUUGUGGGCCUGCUGUCGAAGAUGGCGGUCGAGCGUGCCCUCUCCUCCCGGGUUGAGGACGCUCGCGAUGCCAUCCUCAACAAGGCCAUUGAACUGCUGACCGUGGCGCGCAGCGAAUUCCCGGCCAGCUCGAACCCGGUCCCGGCCAUGGCCCCGCAGGUGGGUCAGAACCCGGCGGCCGCGGCUGCCAGCCAGAUCGUCGCCCCGCAGUCGCUCAUGUACCUGCCAUUCCUGGUCCUGGCGCUGGCCCGUCAGCCGGCCUUCCGCGGCGUUCUACUCGCUGCAUGA